AUGAAAACUCCUUCUACUUCCUCUCUCUGUUGCUCUCUUUCUCUAUACCAAAACAACAUCAUGACCAGCCCCGAGAUAAAAGAGGCCUUGGUCGUGACAUCUGAGAAUUUCCUGGUUCCCAGGAAAAGGAAACUCACGCCGGCUUUGGAGCGAUCUUCACCAAGCAAAUGUCUAGUUCUGACCCCUUAUGGAAUGUUUUCAGAUCGAUUCCGAUUGACUGAAUCUCCCCUUUUUGGGCCCUCGGCAUGUCUGCUGCCGUCAGGAACAAUUGGUAAGUCCCGAUUGAUCUAUUUUCGAACUUCUAUUGAUUUUGGUGUUCAAGACAGCAGAUUUGAGAUCCCCCAUCCCCCACCAUUCUCGUCGUCGUCCAUAAUUACAGCGCAAAUACCUCCACUUCGACACAUAAUCUUCCCGUUCAACCUACGCCACAAUGAUUCGUUCAUGGAAGACUCUGAGCCACUUUCACGUCUUUACCCAGGAACAAAGGCGGUGUCCUUUGAUGGCUACUUCUUAACCUUGUUGUUCGAUACCCUACCCCCAAAACCUUGGCCCGUGACCAUUGCUGGUGUUCAACCGUAUUUCACCACAGAUCCACAGUUCUAUGACUCUAUCCCACUGACCAAUUAUCUGAGACGAUCACUCCUUCGCAUUUCUCCUGAAACCAAUAUCAGGUAUCUCUCAUUUGACAGGAUCGACGAAGCAUUCAUCCUUGUCUUCCAGUUCUUUGCACAAUCCGACAUUUCUAUUACGGAAGUGCAGUAUUGGAACAAUUUUUUCAUAAUCGUUCUUGAGAAGGAAGACACUAUAAUCGACAAUGCUCCGUCCAACAUUGGGCACUGCCACUGCUUUUACCAGUUUGAAAAGGACAUGGAACGACCAAACAUGGAAAUCCUUCCCCUCUCUCAGAUUCGUGAGCGAACCAAAUCUCUCUCAACAAUCGGCAAUGUGUUUGAUACAAGCGAGUAUGAUGAAUUGAGACCGGGUGUUAUGCUAAGCUCUGGAAAUAGCACAGCCGACCGAAGUGGAUUGUUCACGACAUCCGGUGUUCUAGUUGAAGGUUCUUUCGGCGAAAGGUUCAUGACUGUCGCAUCACAAGGCUUCCCAUCUGAGGGUCGGGUGUUUCACCCAACUCAUCAGGGCAAAGAGCUUGGCCAGGCCAUGAGAGAAAUCAAGCAUACCGAUAUUGCUCUCGUGAAACUCACUCAUGAUGUUACCAUGGUAAACGAGACCUUCGAAAGCUGUGAUAGUACUCUACCUACACGGUUCAAUGAAUUUGUCCCAUGUGAUCAGCGGCCAAAGCUCGGUGACACUGUGUAUAUGGACAAUCCAUUUUUGGGCUCUCGUCAGGGGACCUGUGGCCCUCAUGCGCGAACGAAAAUAACGGUUGGAGAUCUUCAUGAGCCGAAGCACGUGUGGGUGCGAACACAAUGGCAUUACUUCGGACAAGGUUUCGCUCAACAUGUCACUAACGGUUUAGCUGGCUCCGUUAUAUGGGAUGAUAACAGAAAUGUUCUUGGGUUCUUUCGCUGCGCGCCACAGAAAGGCCAAUAUGCAGAUUGGUGUCUCACAGUAGCGGCGGACUAUAUGAUUGAGGAGGGUCUACGCAUCGUUCAGUGA